AUGACCCAUGUUCCAUCGGGAUAUUUUGGCUCUAGCUUUGUCAGAUUCUUAUGUUCGUCGCCAUUUGUUUGCGACUGUUAUCAGUGUGUGAACAAUGAUCUGGUUUCGCUUCAGCUUGUUGGCAGUCACCUUGAGGGUUUCGCAGGGCACCUAGAGGAAUCAAUCUGCUUGCAAUGUGAUGAGGAAUUGGCAGCGUUGAGCAACAAUGCAAACAUUCAUACCUGA